CGGGGUCCUACUCGGGAACACCCUUCCAAGAUGGCAGCCAACAGUAGCAGCACGGGUAGCAAGACUAGCAGCAGUGGCGGCGGAGGAAAACAGUCCGGCCCGUCGGCUGAACAGGUGGUUGCAACAUUUCAGAGAAUGCGCCAGGAACAGCGCAACAUGGCGUCUAAAGCUGCAGAGCUGGAGAUGGACAUCAACGAGCACAGUUUAGUAAUUGACACUCUAAAGGAAGUGGACCCUUCGAGGAAAUGCUUUCGUCUGGUAGGAGGAGUGUUGGUGGAGAGAACAGUGAAAGAAGUUCUACCUGCACUGGAAAACAACAAAGAACAGAUCUCUAAAGUAAUCGAGACCAUCAACACGCAGAUGCAAGCGAAAGGUCGGGAGCUAACGGAGUACAGGGAACGCUACAACAUCCGUCUGGUCGGAGAGGGCGAAGGAGACACCCAGGGCCAGUCUGCGGCGCCGUCUGGCAACAGCGAGGGAGGCGGAUCUAAAAGCGGAGCUGGAGUUUUAGUGUCGUAGCUUGUGAGGAUGGACAGUGACGGAAGGGCCUUCUGAUUACUGCAUCACCAAACAAAGAAAAUUUAAACCUUGACGAAAGAAAAAAAAAAAAAAUCUGAACUCUUCACAGGAAAUGUUUGGACCGGGGGUUUUACUGUAAUUUCUACAAAAUGUAAUACACUUGGUUUUUCACAUCCGAUUCAAGCAAAUGUAUUCCGAGUCUCUAUGUUUGGUUAUAAAUAAUAUUUGUCUUGCAUUUAUCUUUUUCCCCCCCCCUGAAAUACUGUCAUAAGCAACUACCAAUUAAAUGCAUACCCUUUUUUAUUUUAA